CUCCGGCUCGCCGUCCCUUCCCAGCAUGCCCUGAGCGGAGCCUGCGCGCCCGGCCGGGAGUUCGGGGAGAUUGGUGGCGCUAUGGAGGCCGGUGCUGGCGCUUCGGAUGUGUUCGACGCUAUCGUGAUGGCCGAGGAGAGAUUUCAUGGUGAAGGGUAUCAAGAAGGUUAUGCUGAAGGAAGUCAUGUUGGUGUUAUUGAGGGAAGGAGGUAUGGAGCACUACAUGGUGCCAAGAUUGGGUCUGAGAUUGGAUACUGUCUUGGGUUUGCAUUGACAUGGCAGCAUCUACUUCAUAGAUCUGCAGAAGAAAAGCCCAGUAAAAAAAUAAAGGCCCUGGAAUCUUUAAUAGGAAUGAUUCAGAAAUACCCUUAUGAAGACCCUACUUAUGACAAACUUCAUGAAGAUUUGGAAAAAAUCAGAGGAAAAUUUAAACAGGUUUGCUCAUUGUUAAAUAUUCAAUCUGAUUUUAGAAUCAAUCCUGAAAGAUCUGCACUUACUUUUUGAGCAUAACAGAUGAAGAUAAACAUAAAUGAACAAAGAAGAAACGUUAAGGAACAGAUAUCUGGGGGACUGAUUAUAAUGAUAAUAAAGGCAGAUAAAGUCAGAAUAUAAACAGGUUUUUAAUUUCCAAAAAGGAGGGUAGAAGAGUUAAGCAGUAGUGGAAAGGAACCACUUUAAUGUUUGCUGUGUCCCAGUUUUAUUUGUUCAUUGCAAAGUCAGUGUAUGUCCUGUUUAAAAAACAAAAAUGCAAAACCUCCAUACUCAUGCAACACUAAUCCCGUAUUGAUAAUCUGUCUUUAAUUUCUGUGGGAAAAAUCAAUUGCUUCUAUGAUGGUUUGUUUUACGAUGUUUCUCCCUUGUUUAUUAUCCAAAGGAUGGAUAUUUCAAAACAUGUAUCGAUCACUACGAAUUUACACAAUAUGUAUAUUUACACAAAUAGGUAGUAAGAUAUUUUCCUUGUCUUGAGGAGCUUACAAUAAAGAGCUAUGUUAUUUUUGAUAUUGAAAGGAUGAAGCAGAGGAUGGGAUAACAGUGAAGAGGAGGUGUAUUACAGACAUGGUUCUCAAAGCAGCUACAGCUCAAAACAGAAUAUUGCUGCUCUAUUGUUGAUUUUCUGUAUUAUUUCCAUGAGCUCUGACACCUGAUGUCUGAUCCAGUGCAGAAAAAAUAUAUUGUCAGCUGAAAGUGCUGAAAAUAUUUAAAAGAAGGAAAGAAAAAAGAUUGAGAUCUACCGCUUAGAAUAACUAAUGAUGAAGUGUUUGAGGUAAUAUCUUUUACUGGACCUCUUCACCCACUUUGUGUCUCUGACAUCAUGGGACCAAAAAUACUGCAAUAAUUGAGUGAUAAAUUGUUUUCAAGAUGGAAAAUGUAUUUUUCAGUUUCAUUCAGAAAAUGGAUGCUGGCAGAAUAUGUAAGUGAAUAUUCAACUAUGUUAGUUUAAGAGAAACAAAUAAUUUUGUUCGAAAGAUAUUCUGUAUUUUGGUGCUAGAAUAUUUAUGUAACUUUUCACAAAUAGAAUGUAAUGUGAUCACUUCUAGAAAGCAUUUCACUACAGUAUAGUGUAUGUAUAUCUGUGGAGCUGCUUCAUUUAUAAAUCAGUGAGCAACAUUCCUUUGUUCAUUUUUUAAUUAAUUUUUCUACAUACAACUAUACCAAAAUUCAUCAUAAUACACAAAGUAAAUAAAGAGGGUUACAACAUUCCUUUUAACGUGUGUGUUCAUCCUGCUUUCACAUUUGAGAGAUCAAGAGGGGAAGUUGCACUACAAUUUUAGACAGUAAAUUCUAAAAGUGAUAUACCAAAUCUUUAAAUUUUUUUGACACAUAUGCCACGAAACAGAGGCUUCGUGUAAUAACUAUCAUAUUUUGACAUGUUUGAAUAUCUGUUUACAUAGUGAAGCAUUUCAACAAAUCAUAUAUAUAAAGUAACUGCUUUAGAGCCACCUAUUGGAAGAAGAUAUUACAGCGACUCAAAAAUAAGACCCAAACAUAAAACUUGCAAAAAAUUACAAAUAUAUCUUCACACUGCUAAAAUUGAGAUUAUAUAAAAUGUAUACAUGUGACUCAUAUUUAAAUAUUUUCGAUUAUGAUGUAAAAUAGUAUUUCUUUUGAAAUAGUUUUGUUAAAGUAUUUAUACUGCUACAGCUUGCAUUGAUUUAAUUAAUGCAUAAAGAAAAUGGAAAAUAUUCUAAAAUAGAUAACUGUAACACAUCAGAAAGAAUUGUAUGUCUGAUCUUGUUUAUGAAUGUAUGUAAAUGUUUCAAAACAAAUAUUUUUUCAGAUCAAUGGAAAACAUUGAAAGCGCUAUCAUACAAUACAUUGAUGAUCAGUUAAUAUCAAUAAAAGGGGUCUGCAUGUUAAACAUGUUCAGCAAUUAACAUUAUUAAAAGCUUUUUGUAUGGGUA